GUACCAUGGCAGAGUCGUGAGUGCGGAAGUUCGCUCUCAGGUUUUCGUUAAUAAGCCGGCACUUUCAGCUGCAACAUGGAUGAAAAACCACCGAAAUCAAGAUUGUUUAGCGCUAAUACCUUAGACCCAAAAGAUGAAAUUGAAGAGCGUAUGGAACGUGGCUAUGCUACACUCCUAGAUCUGACACGAGGGUUAUCAGAGAGGGAAACUCAUGAUGCUCUCAAUGCACAUGUUUGCAAAGGAAUGCCACAACAUGAAGAUAUUACAUUAGGUUUAUUGUACAGUAUUUUGAUUGAUCCACCAUCAGCACCAAAGAAUUACAGAGAUUUGGCACUAAUAACUCGAGAUGGAAUGGGGCUGACUAUCUUAAAAAUUAAUGAAAUUGUUCUUGGAAAAUUCCUCAGGGUCAGUGAAAAAUCUCGAAACCAGUUGAUCUGGGUGGUGCGUGAGCUGGUGAAGAACUCUGUUGUAGGAACUGAUGGCAUUUGUUCAUCAUUACUUAGACAAAUAUCAGGUGGAGAUGUAACACCCAAGAAUAUUUGGUUAGCAGAGUCUAUGUUAGAUGUCUUAUCUGGGAAUAGAGCAUGGUUAGACAAGCAACCGUCAUUUAUUCCAAUUGCUGUUUACACUUACCUUCGUCUGAUCGAAGAUCAUAGCAGUCAACUUUUGUCCAAUCUCAGGCAAAGAGAAGUAGAUUUUUGUGUAUCUUUGAUGCGAGAAAAGUUCAUGGAUUGUUCCACCAUCGGUCGUGACUUAGUUCGGUUAUUGCAAAGUGUUGCUAGGAUACCAGAGGUACAGAAACUCUGGAAAGAUAUUCUUCACAAUCCACAAAUAUUAAGUCCACAGUUUACAGGUUUGGUGCAGUUACUCAACCAGAGAACAUCAAGAAAAUUUCUUGUAUGUCGCCUUACUCCUGACAUGGAGAAUAAAAUGGUCUUUCUCACAUCCAAGGUAAAGUUUGGUCAGCAAAAACGUUACCAGGAAUGGUUUCAGAGAUUGUAUCUGUCUACACCAGAAAGUCAGUCUUUACGAUGUGACUUAAUACGGUUUAUCUGUGGUGUCAUUCACCCGUCGAAUGAAGUACUCUGUUCGGAUAUCAUACCACGAUGGGCUGUGAUUGGCUGGCUGCUCACAACCUGUACAUCUAAUGUGGCAGCCUCUAGUGCCAAACUGGCAUUGUUCUAUGAUUGGUUAUUUUAUCAACCAAGACUAGACAAUAUCAUGAAUAUUGAACCAGCAAUACUGGUAAUGCACCACUCAAUGAGAUCACAUUUAGCCAUUACUGCCACCCUCUUGGAUUUUUUAUGUAGGAUAAUGCCAAAUUUCUAUCCACCACUAGAAUCUCAGGUGCGUCAAGGAGUCAAAACAGCCCUGAAAUCAAUUUUAGAUAAAAGAGUUCUGCCAUCUCUCCUACCAUUAUUGGAUAAUGCAAAGUUAGAUAAGGAAUUGCGAUCCAUGAUUAGGGAAAACUUUAGUGAAUUUUGCUCAGCUGAAGCUAUAAAAGACUCAGAGCAAAUUUCAACCACAACGCCACCGCCUCAGUCACCAACAACACCUCCGCCAUCGAACACACUACCACCAACAAUACAACCACUGAUAAAUAAAGACAUUGAUUUCUCAGAUAGUGACAUUCCGAAUAAAUUUGAUGAAGCUACAUUCAGUGAUGAUGAGGACGAUGAUAAAGGUAAACUGAAGGUACAGGAAUAUUUCUUCCGACCAAUCAGAGACCUGGAAGAAGUAGACAUUGAUCAGUGUGUAGAUCAGUUGUCUGAUGAACUCAAAGACGUAGUUAGGAAACUUUCUGAAGAAAAAGAGUUAGUUGAUACAGAAUCACAGUGUGAAACUAUGGAAACGCUUUGUGGAGCAAUUUUGGAAAUGGAUGAGUUUGACAGUGAGCAAGCAGCACCACUGGCAUCUCUACUGUUACAAUUAUAUAAAGACCAUUUUAACGGAGAAUUGAUUCCUCAGGAACUAUCAGAAGAGAAUCUGCUGGAGUCUAUUUCAAAACCAGUAUUUGUAAUAUUCAGGAAUAUAAGUCAGAGUCCUGAGGAAGAUGCUUGUCCUAUCCAGUUGUUAACAUUAGUAUGUCACAUGUAUGAAAAGCAUCCACAGAUUGGAUAUCAUUUACUCUAUUUUCUAAUUGUAAGUAGUAAAGUAGAAGAAAGUAAACUCUAUGUAUAUGAAGAAGUCUGUAAAAACUCUGAAUCUGGUGAUUUAGAAGUGUGUCUCAAGAGAGAUUUUCAGACAUGUCAGGAAGAUGAUAUACAGUUGCUUUGUUACCUUAUUACACCAGUCUACAAUCAGUUUUCAGAUGCUACUCUUGGAAACACAGAUCUUUUACAUAUUAUAGUGUCUUGUAUUGAUGCAUCGCAGUUACAAGACCUGAUCUGUGAAAUCAUGCAAGGUAAUCUGGUAAUGUUCAAAGAAGAAGAUUUAGUAAAGACUAUUGAAAUUACACUGGAAUGGGAGACAUUUGAACAGUACUGUGUUUGGCAGCUGUUAAUAGCUCAUGAUGAUGUGCCUGUGGAUCAGUUAACAGAUUUAACACCUAAGCUUACUUACAAAGACCACCCAGAGGCUCUGACAAGUAUUCUAUUAAUGCUGAAAAAUGAAACUGCCAAUUUUGAUUUACUGAGGCCAAUUUUAAACAGACCAGUAGUGGAUUGUGACAAGUUCACCAUAUCAAUACUCUCACAUUGGGCACUUCAAGAUGACAAAGUAUUUUCUGAGCUUGUGAAGACAGUAUGUGGUAAGGUGUGCACUGCUGCUAAAAGACAAAAACCCAGGCCAACUAAAUUUCCUUUACCGUCUGUAAAUCAAGUACUAGGUCAUCUAGAUGCACUGAAAUUAACACCUGUUACAAAACAAUGUACAUUUUUUAAUCAAGAAGCAUUUCUGAUUGGUCUAACACUUUUACAAGGAGUGUGUGAUGAUUCACAAAAGAUGAAGUAUGGGGACUUGUUUGCUCUAACAGAGGAACUGAGUGAAAGUUUUCGUACAACUCGUAGCAAGAGGAAAACAACUGGUAGUUAUACACCAAGGUCAACCACAACCUCCACAAGUGGUAGAAAUAAACCUAUUGAAAGUUCCUCCUCAGAAAGUGAAGAUGAAGAUGUGGUGCCUCCUAGAUUAAAGAAACGAAGGAAACCCACUGGCAAUGGUUCAGAUAGCGACUAAAAUUUGUAUAGAUUGUAGAUUUUCAAUGUUAUUCUGAAAUGCGUGAUUAGUCACAACCCAUCAUCAACAACUCUUAUUAUUCACUGUACAUUGUACCACCACUUUGUUGUAAUGCUAGUCUAGUCUCAGAUCAAGCUAGGUUGGUCACAUGGAUAUAUCUUCAUGUAAAUGAUCUACAAACAAACUGGUAUCAAUAUUUUAUAUUUCAUUGACACCAAACGAAAUGAGAAAAACUAUACAGUUUGGUGUUAGGACUGUUAAAGCUGUUCAUUUUAGAAAGGUUUCCAAUUAAUGCUGGGACAAAUAAUGUAGUAGAAGGGUAGCUUCAAGUUUGGUUAGAGUUGACUGAACAACGCCCUCUAUGGUGAUCCAUUGCUAUGAAAGUGAUUCAUUUGUGAUUGCUACCAUUUAAUAUUCAGAUACUUUGUACAGAGGAUUGUGUCUUGCAGUCACUUUUUUUAAAAAUUCUUUUUAUAAAAUCAUGUCUGUAUAAUUCCAACUGUUACAGAAAUAAAUAUAUGAUCAA